AUGCCAGAAGACUCGCUCUGCUCGCACAUGGUGUUCUCAAACAAUUCCAUCUUUGCACCCCUGUGCGACCGUUUUCAGCCGGUAAGCCGAGAGUACAGUUUUCAGGUCGGCACGGCAGCCGGUGCUGCCCAUGCCGGAGUGAAAGUCGCCAUCACCCUCGCAUUGGGUGCUUUGAUACAGGUGGAAGGACCACCGAUUGCCGUGAUUCAUGAAGGGAAAGAUGGUGGCCAGGUUGACCACGAAGAAGGCGGCAGCGAAGUGGAUGGCGAAGGUCAUUGA